AUUGCAAUCAAACAUAAUUUAUAUGAAGAGGCAUUCGCGAUAUAUAAAAAGUAUUCGGAAGUGACAAGCGCCAUAAACGUGUUGAUCGAACAUAUUGGUAGUAUCGACCGUGCAUCAGAGUUUGCAGAGAAAUGUGAUAAUCCAGAAGUAUGGAGUCGCCUGGCUAAGGCACAAAUUGAAGGAUUGAGGAUCAGAGAUUCAAUAGAAUCAUAUAUUCGUGCUGACGACCCGAGCAACUUUGCCGAAGUGAUUGACAUCGCGUCUCGAGCCGGAAAAAAUGAAGAUCUGAUUAGAUACUUGCAGAUGUGUCGAAAGAAGCUUCGUGAGCCUCAGGUUGAUAGUGAAUUGCUAUUCUCAUUUGCGAAGACCGAACGAUUCAACGACCUUGAGGAAUUCCUUAAUAUGCCAAACGUUGCACAAAUACAAGUAAUUGGUGAUCGGUGUUAUGACGAAGGUUUAUAUACAUCUGCAAAGAUCCUGUUCCAAAGUAUUUCAAAUUGGGCCAGAUUGGCUUCUACUCUUGUACAUCUGAGUGAAUAUCAGGCUGCUGUUGACUGUGCUCGUAAGGCCAGCAGUACAAACGUUUGGAAGGACGUUAACUAUGCUUGUGUGCAAAAUAAGGAAUUCCGGUUGGCACAUAUCUGUGGUCUUAACCUAAUCGUACACGCGGAAGAAUUGCAGGACGUGAUUCGAUUAUACGAGUAUAAUGGUUACAUAGAUGAACUCUUGGGCUUGCUCGAGGCUGGGUUAGGAUUAGAAAGAGCUCAUAUGGGAAUGUUCACUGAGUUAGCAAUUCUUUAUACAAAGUAUCGACCUGAGAAAACAGAUGAACAUAUACGCCUUUUCUGGUCUCGACUUAACAUACCAAAGGUUAUUCGAGCUUGUGAUGAGGCUCACCUGUGGAAAGAAAUGGUGUUCUUGUAUGAAAAUUAUGAUGAAUUUGAUAAUGCGGCUCUUUCAAUGAUGACCCAUGCCGCUGAUUCUUGGGAGCAUUCACGAUUCAAAGAAAUUAUUGUCAAAGUUAGCAACCUUGAAAUUUAUUACAAGGCGUUGAAAUUCUACCAAGAUGAACAUCCACUCCUCCUUAAUGAUCUUUUGGUCUCUUUAACGUCUCGAAUCGAUCACACCAGAGUUGUUCAAAUGUUUCAAAAGUCUGAUAAUCUUCCAUUGAUUAAGUCAUACCUGAUCUCGGUGCAAGAGGCAAAUAAUGAAGCCGUAAAUAAUGCGUACAACGAUAUACUGAUCGAAGAAGAAGAUUAUAAAUCAUUGAGAGAUUCCAUCGAUAAUUUCGAUAAAUUUGACAACAUCAAGUUGGCUCAGAGACUUGAAAAACAUGAACUUUUGGAAUUCCGUCGUAUUGCGGCUCAUCUAUACAAGAAAAAUAAACGUUGGGAGCAGUCUAUUGCUCUUUCAAAAGAAGAUCGCCUGUUCAAAGAUGCAAUCGAAACUGCCAGUGAAUCUCGUUCAACGGAGGUCGCAGAAGAACUUUUAGAAUAUUUUGUGCAGAUUGGAAAUAAGGAAUGCUUUACUGCGGCCCUUUACGCGUGUUAUGACCUAGCUCGACCAGACGUAGUAUUGGAAUUAUCUUGGAAACACGGACUUAGUGAUUUUGCUAUGCCAUAUUUAAUUCAGGUUAUGCGCGAAUAUAUCACGAAGGUGGAUACAUUGGAAAAAGCUAAUGCCGAAAGAACGGCUAAAGAAAAGGAGCGUGAAAAGAAUGAAAAUGAAACCCCGAUGAUGCACCCCAUCGGAUUGGGAAAUCCACUUAUGCUAACUCAAGGACCUGGACAAGGCGUUACUCCUCAAGGAUUUGGUUCUUCAUCUUAUAACACUGGUUACCAGGGUUUUUAA